AUGCCUAACAAAGCUGGCCGCAUCGCGGCCAAGGCUCUCGGUAUCAAGCUCCAGGAGGAGGAUCCUUACACGCGUGAACUCGAGAGGCCUGGCGCCUCCAUGAUCUCAAACGUUACCAGCCACACCUUCGUUGAGGAACCUCCUCAUGUCGUUGAUUGGUGCCUCGGCCUGAUUCCCACGGGUGAGCAGAUCUAUCGCUACCUGCUCUCACUGUUUCCCUUUCUGUCAUGGAUCGGCCACUACAACCUUCAGUGGCUCAUUGGGGACCUCGUUGCCGGCAUCACUAUCGGUGCUGUCGUCGUGCCCCAGGGCAUGGCCUAUGCCAAGCUUGCCAAUCUUCCUGUUCAGUUUGGUCUCUAUUCGUCCUUCAUGGGCGUCCUAAUCUACUGGUUUUUUGCCACGUCUAAGGACAUCACCAUCGGCCCCGUCGCCGUCAUGUCCCAACUUACCGGUGGCGUUGUGGCCGACCUCGCCGAGGUGAUACCCGAGGUCCCCGGUCAUGUCAUUGCGUCGGCACUUUCCAUCCUGGCCGGUGCUAUCGUGCUGUUCAUCGGCCUGAUCCGCUGCGGCUGGAUCGUCGACAUCAUCUCGCUUACAGCUCUGUCCGCUUUCAUGACUGGUUCGGCCAUCAACAUUCUCGUCGGUCAGGUCCCCACUAUGAUGGGUAUCACUGGUUUCUCAACGCGUGAUCCCCCUUACCUCGUUAUCAUUCACACGCUGCAGGGCUUGCCCCGCACCAGGCUGGACGCAGCCAUGGGUCUGACGGCUCUUGCUCUGCUGUACAUCAUACGUACAGCUUGCAGCCUUGCUGCCAAGCGCUGGCCGCAUCGCCAGCGCCUCUUCUUCUUCCUGUCCACCCUCCGUACCGUCUUCGUCAUACUGCUGUACACCAUGAUCAGCUGGCUUGUGAACCGGGGCUUGCCUAAGGACCAGGUCAAGUUUAAGAUACUGUUGGAUGUCCCUCGGGGCUUCCAGAACGCCGCUGUCCCCGUCCUCAACAAGCGCAUCGCUAGCAACCUGGCAAGCUACCUGCCGGCUACCGUCAUCGUCCUGCUGAUCGAGCACAUUGCCAUCUCUAAGUCGUUCGGUCGAGUCAACAACUACACGAUCAACCCCUCGCAGGAAAUGGUCGCCAUUGGUGUUACCAACAUGCUCGGCCCUUUCCUGGGUGGCUACGCCGCGACCGGUUCGUUCAGCCGUACCGCUAUCAAGUCCAAGGCUGGCGUCCGCACGCCGUUCGCCGGUGUUAUCACGGCUGUCGUCGUUCUGCUCGCCAUCUAUGCGCUUCCGGCCGUGUUCUACUACAUCCCAAACGCAUCCUUGGCCGCCUUCUGGUUGGUUUCGCCCUUCGAAGUCUUCAUCUUUUUCGUCGGUGUCUUUGUCACCAUUUUCUCCACCAUCGAGAACGGCAUCUACUGCACGGUGUGCCUGUCGGCUGCGAUGCUUCUGUUUCGCAUUCUACGGUCCAGAGGCCGCUUCCUGGGUCGCGUGCGCGUGCAUUCUGUUAUGGAAGAUCGCAUCAUUGGGCAGACCUCACGGCGUCUCAGCGACGAGUACGGCACAUUCACUGGCAUGCCUGAGGCUCCGUUCCGCAACGUCUUCCUGCCCAUCACCCACGCCGACGGCUCCAACCCCGAAGUCGAGCUCGACAACCCGUAUCCCGGUAUCUUCAUCUACCGCUUCUCCGAAGGUUUCAACUACACCAAUGCUUCCCACAGCCUAGAAUACAUGGUCGAGUACAUAUUCAAGCACACACGCCGCACGAACCUGCAGACCUUCGAGAAGCCCGGCGACCGCCCUUGGAACGACCCUGGUCCUUCCCGCCGCAAGCUGAAGGAGGCAGCCCGGGCUGCUGCUGAGGGCGACAACUCGUACAGGCCCGAUGUUGAUCCUAAUCUCCCCACGCUUAAGGCCAUCAUCCUCGAUUUCAGCUCCGUCAACCAUGUCGACAUUACCUCGGUACAGCAGCUCAUCGACGUCCGCAACCAGCUUGACCGCUACGCAGCCCCUGAUAUCGUCGACUGGCACAUCGCCUGCAUCAGCAAUCGUUGGACCAAGCGCGCUCUUGCCGCCGCCGGCUUCGGCUACCCGACCAUUCGCCCCGACGUUCCUCACCUCCGGUGGAAGAGCAUCUUCAGCGUGGCCGAGAUCGGCGGCGAGCAGAGCGCUGCGGCUGCCGCCGAGUUUGAGGACAACGAGAAGGAGCUUGGCCAGCAGCAGCAGUCUCAGCAGGAUCUGGAGGCUGGUAUGACUAAGCCUGAUAAUGCUAGCGGUCAUUCUUCCUCGUCAGUCCACGCGGACGACCACAAGCAGGGUUCGACAACUGCGGUGACCAAGAAGACUAGCCCUGCUUUGCAUGCUGGUAGGACAGUUGCUGUGCACGGCAUCAACCGGCCUCUGUUCCAUGUCGAUCUCACCAGCGCGCUGCAGAGUGCCAUCGCCAAUGUUGAGGCUCGGAACGAGAUCAUGGUUCAGCAGCAACACCAGGAGACUGAACAGAGGCGGCCUAGUACGGGACAUGAGACGGACACUAGUGGGACUCUGAACUAA